GGUUCAAAGGUGCAUGGCCGGACGGGAUGUCGGAUCAGGCCCCUGGUAGCAGGCCAGGCCCCAGGCGGCGCUGGGGGCUGGUGCUCCUGGGUGCUGCCGGCGGAGCCGCGUUCGCUCUGUACGUGGCGGCUGCCCCGUUUGUGGCUCCGGCUCUGAGGCGGGUUUGUCUCCCCUUCGUCCCGGCCAGCACAGUCCAGGUGGAGACGGUGCUGCAGCUGCUGAGAGGCCGCCGGGGAGCGCUGGUGGAUAUCGGCAGCGGGGAUGGCAGGAUCGUAAUUGCAGCAGCAAAGCAAGGGUUUCGAGCUGUGGGUUAUGAGCUGAAUCCUUGGUUGGUUUGGUACUCUAGGUACAGAGCAUGGCGAGAAGGAGUGCACCACAAUACUAGAUUUUACAUUUCUGACUUGUGGAAGGUCAGUUUCUCAGAAUAUAGUAAUGUUGUCAUAUUUGGAGUUCCUCAGAUGAUGCAGUCCUUGGAGGAGAAACUUCAGAGCGAGCUGAAGGGCAAUGCUAGAGUUGUAGCCUGUCGUUUCCCAUUUCCCAGCUGGAUUGCUGUUCAUGAAUCUGGAAAGGGAAUCGAUACCGCCUGGUUGUAUGAUGCAAAGUCAUUUAAAACCACAGCAAAAUAAGUCUCUGAUUAAAACAAUGGAAAGGACAAGACAGGCAUAAUUUUCAUAUUGCUGCAGAGUGGCUCGAAGAUUGUCUUUGAGAAUUAAAUAGUGGAAAAACCUUGAUAGAAGUGACCGAAUCAAUCAGCUAAUCAGUUGGAGCUGCAGCAUUGCUUUUAAGCCAGUCAAUUUUUUUACAGGGCAAAUAAUGCAAAUAUUAAACUCCGUUGUAACUGAACAAAUGUUUCUACUUUAUCAGAUUCAGUUAACAAAAAUGUAAUUUUAAAUGAACUCUUGUCCAGAUGUGAUAUUUAAUACGAUAUAAGAAUUGUUACUGAUUA